AUGCGGGAAGGGGACCGGGGCGGCUGUCAGGGGACGGUCCCCACCACGGCCGGGUGGGCAGCGAAAAAAUCCCCUUCUCUAGGCCGUGCCUCGCACGAGGUGACCGGGGGGGUUGGGGGGGGGGGGGGGACCCCCCCCCGGGGGCCGGGACCCGGGGGGACGGGGUCUGCGCGGGGCCAGCGGGCGCUGAGGUCGCGGUGCCCCGCAGGGAUCCGCUCGUGGGACAUCGACCUCGCCUCCUGCAACCUGGACGAGCAGCUGAAGCUCUUCGUCUCCCGCCACUCCGCCACCUUCUCCAGCAUCGUCAAAGGUCAGCGGACCCUCCACCACCGCGGCGAUGUGCUGGAGACCCUGGUGCUGCUCAACCCCUCCGACAAGUCCCUGUGCGACGAGCUGCGAAACCUCAUCACGGACGUGUCGCAGCACAAGCUGCUGGUGUUCGCGGGGCCCUGCGUGGAGGAGACGGGCGAGCUGAUGCUGCAGACGGGCUGCUUCUCCCUGCGGGACUUCAUCCAGAUCUUCACCGACAAGGAGGUCGGGGAGAUCCUGAGCUCCGCGGACCCCUCGGCCAAGGCCAGGCUGACCAUCAGCUGCCCCGACUUCGGGGAGUGGAAGGACUCGGGCUUGGACCACCACAACCUCCAGGACUUCAUCGAGCUGCGCUACAACCCGGGCUGCAUCCUGCCUGAGAUGGAGGGGCUGGAGGAGUUCAUGGAGUACCUCUCGGAGUCGCUGGAGCCCCAGUCCCCCUUCGACCUCCUCGAGCCCCCCACCAUGGUGGGCUUCCUCAAGCUCUCCAAGCCCUGCUGCUAUAUCUUCCCGGGCGGGAGAGGGGACUCGGCUUUCUUUGCCGUCAACGGUUUCAACGUGUUGGUCAACGGCGGCUCCAACCCCAAGUCGUCCUUCUGGAAGCUGGUCCGGCACCUGGACCGCAUCGACUCCAUCCUGGUGACGCACGCGGGCACGGACAGCCUGCCCGGCGUCAACAGCCUGCUGCAGAGGAAGCUGGCCGAGCUGGAGGAGGACCCGUCCUCGCAGGGCUCGCAGGGCAACGGGGAUUGGGCCAAGAACCUCAUCUCCCCGGAGCUCGGCGUCGUCUUCCUCAACGCCUCCGAGAAGCUGAAGGCCAUCGAGGGCAACUCGCGGGUGCUGAAGAGCUGCGACGAGGCCGCCCUGACGCUGCACUACCUGGAGAAGUUGGGCAUCCGCCCCAACCCCCUGGCCCGCGACGGCGGCCCCCGCGUGGAGCCCACCGUCCUCUUCCAGAAGAUGGGAGUGGGCCGGCUGGACAUGUACGUCCUCAACCCCGUGAAGGGCACCAAGGAGCUGGAUUUCCUCCUGCAGCAGUGGUCGGGCGACGGCUACCCCAAGGAGCAGGAGCUGCCCCUGCAGUGCCUCACCUCCGUCUGCGCCCUGCUCGUCUGGCACCCCGUCAGCCCCUCCGAGAAGAUCAUCCGCGUCCUCUUCCCCGGCUGCACACCCCAGGCCCGCAUCCUGGAGGGGCUGGAGAAGGUGAAGCACCUGGAGUUCCUCAAGCACCCCGUGGUCACCAAGAACGACCUGAAGGGGCCCUCGGCGGCCCAGCCCGAGAAGCAGCUCAAGCAGAGGAGGACGGAGAGCAAGGAGAGCCUCAAGUCGGCUUCCAAGCUCAGCCUGGUGGACGCCGGGGCGCCCGCGCCGAAGGAGAAGGCCCCGAAGGUGGAGAAGAAGGAGGUGAAGGUGGGGACCAAGGAGAAGCCGAAACCUCCGGGGGAGAUGAUGAGAGCGGGGUCAGAAGAGGAGAAGGCCAAGGAUGCUCGAGCCAAGCUGGACUCCUCGACGGAGAAGCUGAAGGCGGACGCCAAGCCCAAGCUGAGCAAGGAGAAAGCGGCGCCCAAGAAGGAGCCCGUGCCACGGAAGGAGGAGAAGAAGCCGCUGAAGAAGGAGGAGGGGGCGGAGGCCAAGGGGGAGGCCAAGAAGGAGGUGAAGGCGGUGAAGAAGGAGGGGAAGGCUGACACGCUGCGGAAGGACGGGAAGGAGAGCAAGGCGGAGCCCAAGGCUGCCGCGAAGCCCCCGGCCCGCAAAGCGCCGGUGCCGGAGGCCCGCAAACCCCUGGCCAAGGCCGGCAGCCUCAAGAAGUCCACGCUCAAGAAGGAGCCGGAGAAGCCCAAGGCCAAAGCCGCCAAGGAGCCGGGCGCCAAGAAGGAGCCGGGGGCGUCGGAGGGGGGCUCCAAGUCCUCCUCGCCCGAGGACAUGCAGCCGGCGGGCGCCUCGCCGGGGGCCGAGGGGAGGAGGAGGAAGGAGGAGUCGCCGGACGAAGGCAUCACCACGGCCGAGAGCGAGCUGGAGCCCUCGCCGCUGGAGAACGGGGGGGGCAGCAGGGGGCCGGAUUUGGGCUGUCUGGAGAACGGCGUGGAGGACCUCGAGAGCCCCCAGCGCUUCCGCUACGCCGAGGGCAGCCCCUUCAGGGCCGUCGGCCCCCCCUCGCCCCUGGCCAAGACCCCCAAGAGCGAGCGCAGCGUCAACUUCGACCUGACGCCCACCGGGCUGCUCAACCACGGCCCCGAGGGCGCCGAGGAUCCCUGCGGCAGCUCCGAGGAGAAGACCCUGGAGAUGAUGUCCCCGGCCAGCUCGGGGCCGGCCAGCGCCGGGCACACUCCCUUCCACCAGUCUCCGGUGGAGGAAGCCGGAGAGGAGCCGGGCACCGGUGCCACCAAGCAGCCCAACACCCCCUGGGCGCCGGGCGCGGGCAGAGCCUCCCACGACAGCUCGGGCUCCUCGCAGGAGAAGCAGGCGGGCUGCCUGUCCCUCAGCCCCUUCAAGGACGACGUCCCCGACGUGUCGCCCACCAUCACCACCCCCUCGCUGCCGGCCGAGGUGGGCUCCCCGCACUCCACCGAGGUGGACGAGUCGCUCUCGGUCUCCUUCGAGCAGGUGCUGCCCCCCGUCAGCGAGUCCCCCCAGGAGGAGGGCGCCCGGCCCCGCGGGGCCAGCGGCACGCCGGAGCCCGAGCCCGCGGCCACCAAGGGGGGGCUGUCCCUGCCCCUGCGGCCCUGCCACCACCAGCACCACCCGCCGCGGCACGGCCGCCGCUCCGACUCGCCCCACGACGUCGACCUGUGCCUGGUGUCGCCCUGCGAGUUCGAGCAUCCCAAGUCGGGGCGCUCGCCCGCCGCCAGCCCCCGGGACUUGUCGGACAGCGACCCCUCGCAGGAGCUGGCGCAGCCCCCGGCGCGUCGCCACGGCCGGGCCCCCCCUCCGGCGGGCGAGACGCCCCCCACCUCCGUCAGCGAGUCGCUGCCCACCCUCUCCGACUCCGACGUCCCGCCGGCCACCGAGGACUGCCCCUCCAUCCUGGCCGACGGGCUGGAGUCGGACGAGGACUCGGAGCAGCCCCCCCGCGGCCCCCCCAGGGCCCGCGACCCUCUGCCGGCCCCCAUGAAGGACCCCUGCCCCAUCCCCGCCCAGCCCGGCAUCUGCAUGGUGGACCCCGAGGCGCUGCCCAAGAAGGAGCCCCCCGGCAAGGCCAAGCGCACCCCGUCCCGCACCACCUCGGCGCCCGCCGGCCCCAAAACCGAGACCCCCAAGCCCACCGGCCCGGCCCCCAAGGGCAGGGCCCCCCCUACCAGCUCGGGCCGUGACGCUGGGGACAAGGCCAGGCUGCCCCCCGGGGACAAGAAGGGCCCCCCCGGUGGCACCGUGACGGCACGCAGCGCUGGAGCCAAGCCGCUGGCAGGAGCCGGCCGGGCGUCCCCGGCAGGUACGGGGCUGGGGAGGGGGGCACGG